AUGGCGAAAGUCUCAAAGAAAAACACUUGUAGUACAGCAGUUGCAGCCGGGAAAGGAGCUAUUAAGAAGGAGAUCAAGAAAGAGAAGGUGGCAGCGGCGGGUAAAAAAAGGACGAGAAAGAGCGUGCCAAGAGAUUCCCCUCCAAAGCGCAGCUCCGUCUACAGAGGCGUCACCAGGCACCGGUGGACUGGACGGUACGAAGCCCAUUUGUGGGAUAAGAACUGCUGGAAUGAGUCCCAGAACAAAAAGGGCAGGCAAGGGGCGUACGAUGAUGAAGAAGCUGCGGCACAUGCCUAUGACUUGGCAGCAUUGAAGUACUGGGGACAAGACACCAUCCUUAAUUUCCCUUUGGCGACCUACGAGAAUGAGUUCAGAGAUAUGGAGGGAUUGUCCAAAGAAGAAUACAUCAGUUCUCUGAGAAGAAAAAGUAGCGGCUUCUCCCGCGGCGUCUCCAAGUACAGAGGCGUGGCAAGACACCACCAUAAUGGGAGAUGGGAAGCUCGGAUUGGUCGAGUUUUCGGCAACAAGUAUCUCUACCUUGGAACUUAUGCCACUCAAGAAGAAGCAGCCACAGCGUAUGACAUGGCAGCCAUAGAGUACAGGGGGCUGAACGCCGUCACAAACUUCGACCUGAGCCGUUACAUCAAAUCGCUGCGCCCAAACAGCCAAACACCUGCCGCCGACGCCUCCCAACAGAACCCUAACGGCGACGACGCUGUAACCGUCCAUUCGCCGCUCCAAAGCGUUAUCACUGACGACCACCAUAACCACCAGCUACCCGCCACACCUGAUAGCUCCCCGGGAACCAUCACGCCGCCCGCGUGGGGCAACGGCGGGUCGUCGUCGUCGUCGUCAUCAUCGGCGUCAUCUUCGUCGUCGGCUUUAGGGCUUCUGCUGCAAUCGUCCAAGUUCAAGGAAAUGCUGGAGAGAAGUUCAACAAAUUGCACCGCCGAUGACUGCCAAUAUUCGACGCCGCCGAGGGAGGUGUCUGAAUCCGAUCACCGAAUCCCGCGGCGGAGCUUCCCGGAGGACAUCCAGACCUACUUCGACUGCCAGGAUUCCGGCGGCAUCGAAGGCGACGAACUCCUCUUCGGAGACCUCAAUUCAUUCGCUUCACCUAUUUUCCACUGCGAGCUUGAUGGGUAG